AUGGAUAUGAUGAUGGAAGGUGAAGGUAGUAGUAGCAGCAAGCAGAGAGGAGUACAAAAUCAUGACGAUGGCUUCAUUAAUACUCUCUUUUCUUGGUCUCUUGAUGACAUUCGUAACGAAAAUCUUUUCAGUGAUAAGGUGGAAAAAAUUCCGGAAUCAUUUGAAUCUGUCACUCAGUAUUUGGGGUCAUUUGUUUAUCCUUUGUUGGAAGAAACACGAGCACAACUGUUUUCACCUAUGGAGACCAUUUCAGGAGCACCUUAUGCUAAGGUGGAUGUGUUUAGGCCCCAUGGCUCUGAGUUACUUGAUGUUAAGAUUGAUAACUGGAGGAACAGGUUCAGUAACAAUGGUAAAGAGCCUUAUAAAACUUUGCCGGGGGAUAUUUUAAUUUUAGCAGAUGCGAAACCUGAAACUAUUUCCGACUUGGAGAGUGUUGGUAGAAUGUGGUCUUUUCUAUCAGUCAUGAAAAUCGCUGAGGAUGAUAAUGAUAGCACUUCUACUUACUUUAAAGUGAAGGCUUCAAAAAGCAUCCAGCAGUUUGAUGGGGAGAAAUCACUGUUUGUGAUUUUCUUGGCAAAUAUUACUACUAGCAGAAGAAUAUGGAAAUCCUUGAACAUGUCUCGAAAUUUGAAGAUUAUCAAUGAAGUUUUAUGCAGGAAUUCUGUGUUGGAGGAAUGUUGCCAAGUCUGUUCUGAACUGAAUGGAGGCAUCUUAUAUGAGAAAUUUGGUUGUGGCUUAUCAUCAACAUUGAAUGAUUCACAAUUGAAUGCAGUUCUUGCCUGUCUUGAUGGAGUGCGUUGUGAUCACAAGUCCUCUGUGCAACUUAUAUGGGGUCCCCCUGGAACAGGAAAAACUAAAGCUGUUAGUAUGCUUCUCUUUACGCUGUUGAAAACAAAAUGCAGAACCCUUACUUGUGCCCCGACGAAUGUUGCAAUCACAGAAGUUGCUUCUCGUGUUCUGAAGCUGCUGAAAGAAUCGAUUAAAACUGAUGACUAUGGAAGUGAGACUCUGUUGCUUCCUCUUGGAGAUAUUCUCUUGUUUGGGAGUAACGAGAGACUCAAAGUUGGUCAAGAAAUAGAAGAAAUAUAUUUGGAUUAUCGCGUUAAAAAGCUUUCAGAGUGUUUUGGUACGCUGACUGGCUGGAGGCAUUGCUUCUCAUCCAUGAUGGAUUUACUUGAAGAUUGUGUUUCUCAGUAUCACAUUUUCUUGGAGAAUAAAUUGAUAAAGAAGAGAGAAAGUAUUGACAAAAAUGAAGUCAAAGAGAAUUACAGGAAUAUGGGAAUGGAAGUUGACAAUGUGGAGUUUAAAUCAUUUCUUGAAUUUGUGAGAGAUAGAUUUAAACAUACUGCCACUCCUCUUAGGAAUUGUAUAUUUAUCUUCUGCACUCACAUACCCAAACGUUUCAUUUUGGAAAGUAAUUUUCAAAAUAUGAUAGAUCUUAUCAGUUUACUCGAUUCUUUCGAAACUUUGUUGUUUCAAAAAAAUGUAGUGUCUGACGAGCUACAAAAGCUCUUUUCACAUUCAGUAGCUGAAGAGUUUUUUUCAUCACCUGGGCAUAGAAAUUACUUGUUGCAGAAAAGGAGAGCUUCUGUAAUAUUUUGCACUGCCUCUAGUUCAUUUAAGCUGCAUUAUGUGGACAUGGAACCACUGAACAUUCUGGUCAUUGAUGAAGCGGCACAACUAAGAGAAAGUGAGUCGACAAUACCGCUGAAACUGUUCGGCAUAAAUCACACUAUUCUCAUUGGGGAUGAGUGCCAAUUGCCAGCAACGGUUAAAAGCAAGGUUUCUGAUGAAGCUUCUUUCGGUAGAAGCUUAUUUGAGAGGCUGAGCUCAUUGGGUCACUCUAAACACCUGCUUAAUACACAGUAUCGGAUGCACCCCUUAAUUAGCUACUUCCCAAAUUUAUAUUUUUAUAACAACCAGAUUUGCGAUUCUCCUAAUGUUAAAAGAAAAAGCUACAAAAAAGUCUUUUUGCCAAGAUCUCCAAUAUUCCGUCCAUAUUCUUUCAUCAAUAUUCUCGAAGGGAGAGAAGAGUUCAUUGGCCAUAGCUGCAGAAAUAUGGUUGAGGUAGCUGUUGUGAUGAAAAUAUUGCAGAACCUGUACAAAGAUUGGAAUGACUCAAAACAGAAGCUGAGCAUUGGCAUAGUCUCACCUUAUGGUGCUCAAGUACAAGCAAUUCAAGAAAAACUUGGAGGCAAGUAUGAUAACUGUGAUGACUUUACUGUAAAAGUGAAGUCAAUUGAUGGGUUUCAAGGUGGUGAGGAGGACAUUAUUAUAAUUUCGACUGUGAGAUUCAACAGAAGAGGAUCCAUUGGAUUCUUGUCCAAGCCACAGAGAAUCAAUGUUGCGCUUACGAGGGCCAGGCACUGUUUAUGGAUUUUAGGAAAUGAAAAAACCUUAACUCAUGGUGAAUCUGUUUGGGAAAUCUUAAUCCAUGAUGCUAAGGACCGCUGUUGUUUCUUUAAUGCUGAUGAAGAUAAGGAUAUGGCCAAAGCUAUAUUAGAGGCCAAAAAAGCGCUUAAUGAAUUGGAUGAAUUGCUGAAUGCUGACAGUAUACUUUUCAGAAAUCAAAAGUGGAAGGUUAUUUUUAGUGAUAACUUCUUGAAAUCUUUUAAGAGAAUGAAAUCAGACCGCGACAAGAAGUCGGUUAUCAACCUUCUAAUGAAACUUUCAACUGGCUGGCGACCUAAGAGAAGGAACAUAGAUACUAUUUGCAAAAGCUCUUUGCACAUUAUUAAGCAAUUUAAAGUUGAAGGUCUAUAUACAAUUUGCACUGUUGACAUAGUGAAGGAAUCAAUGUACAUCCAAGUUUUGAAAGUCUGGGAUAUAUUGCCUUUGGAAGAUGUUCCAAAAUUGGUAAAACGUUUGGAUGAUAUAUUUGUCAGGUACACUGAUGACUACAUCAACCGUUGCAAAGAGAAAUAUAUUGAAGGGAAUUUGGAAGUUCCCAAGACUUGGGCAGUCUCUUCAGAAAUCAUUCGAUUCAGGAAUCUUGCUGACAUUAAGAGUGGAAGUGACUUAAGUGGAGCUCCUUUAGACAGUAUGAGUUAUGUAGAGAAUUCAAAUGUGGCUGAAAGUUUGCUUUUAAUGAAAUUCUACGCUUUAUCAUCAGGUAUUGUGAGCCAUUUGCUUUCUGACCGUGAUGGUAGAGAAUUGGAUCUUCCAUUUGAAGUAACGGAUGAACAGUUGGAGAUGAUUCUUUAUCCAAGAAGCACCUUUAUACUUGGUAGGUCAGGUACAGGGAAAACUACUGUGUUGACCAUGAAAUUAUUUCAGAAAGAAAAACUACAUCACAUGGCAACAGAAGGAUUCUAUGGAGAUCAUUAUCAUAAGCAUUUGCAUACUACUCAGGAAAAUGAUGUUGAGAAGGUUAUUGGAGAGAAGAAACUAAAUAUCUUGCGCCAACUUUUCGUGACAGUCAGUCCUAAAUUGUGUUUUGCUGUAAAGCAACACAUUUCUCACUUGAAAAGCUCUACCCUGGGUGAGAAGUUUAUAGGAGAAGGCAGUUUACUAGACAUGGAUGAUAUUGAUGAUGGGGCACAAUUCAAAGAUAUUCCAAAUUCUUUUGUAGACGUUCCAUCUAAGUCAUACCCUCUUGUUUUAACGUAUCAUAAGUUCUUGAUGAUGCUAGAUGGAACAAUCGGCAAUUCAUAUUUCGACAGAUUCCAUAACGUAAGGAAACACUCUGAUGCUCUAAGUCAAAGGUUAAGAUCAGUUUCCUUAUAUUCAAUUAUGAGGACAAAGGAAGUUACGUAUGACAGGUUUAGUUUAUUUUAUUGGCCACAUUUUAAUGAAAAACUAACGACGAAACUCGAUUCUUCAAGGGUUUUCAUUGAGAUUAUAUCUUACAUAAAAGGAGGCUUGCAAUCCAUGGAGAUUAGUGAUGGUAAACUGAGUCGAGAAGAUUACGUCCUAUUAUCAGAGGGUAGAGUUUCCACUUUAAGUAGACUGAAGAGGGAGAUGAUAUAUGAGAUAUUUCAAAACUAUGAGAAAAUGAAGAUGGCGAAUGGUGAAUUUGAUUUGGCUGAUCUAGUAAUUGAUCUUCAUCACCGACUUAAAAAGGGAAAAUAUCAUGGAGAUGAAAUUCAUUUUGUUUAUGUUGAUGAGGUGCAGGAUCUUACAGUGAGUCAAAUUGCUUUGUUCAAAUAUAUAUGCAAAAAUGUAGAAGAGGGAUUUGUUUUUUCUGGUGAUACAGCACAAACAAUUGCCAGGGGAGUUGACUUCAAAUUUGAAGAUAUACGAUCUUUGUUCUACAAGAGGUUUGUCAUGGAAUCAAGAAGCAAUGAACAUGAUGGCAAAGAACAGAAAGGACAACUCUCAAAAAUUCUUAAUUUGAGCCAGAACUUCCGUACCCAUGUAGGUAUCCUGAAGCUAGCUCAGAGCAUCAUUGACCUCCUUUACUGUUUCUUCGAUCGCUUUGUUGAUGUUUUAAACCCUGAGACUAGUAUGAUAUAUGGGGAAUCUCCAAUUUUGCUUGAAUCUGAGAAUAAUGAAAAUGCAAUCAUAAAAAUUUUUGGAAAGACUGGAAAUGCUGCUGGUGCCAUUGUUGGUUUUGGAGCGGAUCAGGUAAUAUUGGUACGGGAUGACAAUGCUCGGAAGAAUAUUUCUGACUACGUCGGGAAUCAAGCUCUUGUUUUGACAAUAGUAGAGAGCAAAGGCCUUGAAUUUAAGGAUGUACUUUUAUACAACUUUUUUGGUUCGUCAAAUCUUAAGAAUCAAUGGCGAGUGAUUUAUGAAUAUAUGAAGGAACAAAAUUUGCUUGACUCCACAUCACCUAGUGCUUUCCCAAGCUUCAGUGAAGCUAAACACAACAUCUUGUGUGCUGAACUGAAGCAACUGUAUGUCGCCAUCACUCGCACAAGACAAAGGUUAUGGAUCUGGGAGGAUAACGAGGAUGUCUCAAAACCUAUGUUUGACUAUUGGAAGAAGAAAUUUCUUGUUCAAGUCAAACAGUUGGAUGAUUCAUUUGUACAUGCAAUGCAAGUUGUGAGCACCCCAGAGGAGUGGAAAUUGAAGGGACUCAAGCUAUUUCAUGAAUGUAAUUAUGAAAUGGCAACUUGUUGCUUCGAAAGAGCUAAAGAUUUAUACUGGGUGGAAAGGUGUAAAGCUACUGCCCUUAAAGCUGAUGCUGACCGCAUCCGCAGUUUAAACCCUGUGGAGGCUAAUAUCAAACUAAGGCAAGCUGCUAUAAAAUUUGAAGCUAUAAACAAUGCUGAUUCAGCCGCCAAAUGUUUUUAUGAGUUGGGGGAGUAUGAAAGAGCUGGUAGGAUUUAUUUGGAGAAAUGUGAGGAACCAGAGCUGGAAAGAGCUGGGGAAUGUUUUUGUCUGGCCGGACGCCAUGAGCUUGCUGCAAAGGUGUAUGCCAAGGGCAAUUUUUUAGCAGAAUGCUUGACUGUUUGCUCCAAAGGAAAGCUUUUUGAUGUUGGAUUGCAAUACAUAUAUUACUGGAAACAACGUGCCAGUAACGAUGUUGAUCUUGUCCAAAGAAUCAAACAAAUAAGCAACAUUGAACAAGAAUUUCUGGAGAGCUGUGCUUUUCAUUAUCAUGAACAUAAAGAUAGCAAGUCCAUGAUGAAAUUUGUGAAAGCCUUCCAGUCAUUGGAUUUGAAACGUAACUUUUUGAAGUCAUUGGAUUGCUUUGAUGAACUUAUACUUCUGGAAGAAGAAUCAGGAAACUUCCUGGACGCUGCAAAUAUUGCAAAAACAAGAGGAGAUAUUCUCCGUGCAGGUGAUUUGCUUCAGAAAGCUGGGAAUUUCAGAGAAGCAUCUAUACUCAUUCUUAAUUAUGUGUUUUCCAACUCUCUAUGGUCAUCUGGGAGCAAAGGCUGGCCUUUGAAGCAGUUUCGAGAGAAGGAGGAGCUUUUGGGAAAAGCCAAGUCAUUGGCAAAGAAAGACUCGAACCAAUUUUCUGAAUUUGUUCAAACUGAAGCUGACAUUAUAUCAGAUGAGCAGUGCAACCUAUUGUUGCUUAGUCAACAAUUAAAUGCUUCAAAGCGAUGUCAGAGUUUAAGAGGCGAAAUAUUAACUGUUCGAAAGAUUCUGGAUUUCCAUCUUCAUUUAAGUACCUCCAAAUAUGGUUGGGAAGACGAAUUAGUUUCUGAUCUCAUAGCAUAUUCAGAAGACAUAAUUCAUAGGAACCAGGUUUCUGUUGAGACCCUUGUCUACUUCUGGAAUUACUGGAAGAAUAUGAUAGUGAAAAUACUUGAGUACCUCAAAGAUCUGCAUACACAAGAUGUUAAUGACUACAGAAGUUAUGGAGACUUCUGUUUGAACUAUCUUGGUAUAUGGAAGCAAUAUAGCAGUCGUGGUACCAAGUAUCUUUUGCUGAACCCAAAUGCACACUGGAUUAGAGAGGUGGACAAAAGAUGUGCUCAGAGCGAGAAGUUGGUUUUGAUUGAUGUCAGCAGGUUUGUCUCAGCUGCCCUGCAUUAUUGGAGUUCAGAGUUACUGUUUGUUGGUAAAAGGGUGUCAGAAUAUCUGGAUACCUUCCAUAAACAGUCAUUUAAGAAUUCAUCAUCCAUGCUCUGCAAAGUAAGAAUUUUUUCUUACAUUUUUGAGGUUUCAAAAUCUCUUUUGAACUCCAAAUUUCUGCAACACAGGUAUCAUGAUACUAAUUCACUACAAAGUAUUGCUGAACAAUCAAUGUGGCGUUUCUUUGACUUCAUAUUUCCUCUAGACUGGCGAGAAUCAUUGAAAGGGGACUUGAUUUAUGUGAGAGGAACUGAGAUUUGUAGGAGUAUGAUAAAAGAAGUUAUUUUUCAAAAUAUUGGCUUGAAAGGGUGUCUAUCUUAUGGGCAAAUUGGACGCAUGGCAGUAAUGAUUCUGGGGUCUGGUAAGCCAAGCAAAGAGGUAUUUGAGAAUGUUGCAAAAAGCUGUAACGAAAAUAAACCAUGGAAGGAAUUUUUGGAGAGCCUCAGUCUUUCUGGAACUGUUGGCCCAGGCAAUAACAUUGAUCUUGUUCAGAAGUUCUAUGCAGCACUGAAAGAUAUUUAUGAAGCCGAAUGGAAGAAAGACUAUAUAUCACCGUCUAAUUUUCUGUAUCUUCUCGAGCGCUUUCUGAUUAUUUUAUCCAGCGUCCAGGGGUUCGUCUUAACCACACAGUCAUGUUUUGUGGAAUUGCUCAUCUACCAGGAGGGGAACACCCCCUCUGGUUUUAAGAUUGAUGUGCAAUUUUCCUUUGGAGAUGUACUUAAAUUUGUAGUCGGCAUUGUUUCACAGUUCCUUCACAGCCGGAAUGACACAAUGGAGUGGAUCAAAAAGUCACAUACAAAUCAUGUGCAUCAUUACCAUUCACUUGUAGUUUUGAGAUUGGUUGUGAUAGUGUGUUUGCUUCAUAUGAAUUUUGGGAACUAUGCAAAUUUGCUCUUUGACUUGCUCAAAUGGAACUAUGACAAACUGCCUCCUGAAUUUUGUAAUUUACUUCGCAGAAGAUGGAGGCAAAAUUCUCAUAAUGUAGAUGUGAUUGCCGAAGCAUUCAAGAGGAUCCAGAAUCCUCUUGUAAUUGUGAGUUGGGGGGAAAAUUGUCCAAGAUUUAGGUGUCCAGAUGCAGUUUUUGUUGACAUGACAGCUAACAAAUAUAAGGAGAUAUUACGUGUCAUGUUUCGACAAUCUGAAGGCCAUUCUGGAACUAAACUGGAAGCAACUGAUUUGCACAAGAAUGUAUCUCUGUUAGACUGUCGUGGGAAAGAAAAGGGUUCAAUUCUUCCGACUUCAAAAUCUUCCAUCCUUCCAGAUAAGGAUUCAAUCGCCCAGACCAUAAACGAAGAUAAAUCAGAAACAAUAGAAGCAUUGAUAGAAAAUGCAGAUGAUGAAAAGAGAAUUUUGUUGAAUGCCCCAGCAGUUGAGCAGAAUAGCAGUAAUGAAGGCAAGGCAACAGAGGCGGGAUCAGAAGGAAAAUGUGAUGAAAAUGCAGAUGAUGAAAAGAGCAUUUUUUUGAAUGCCCCAGCAGUUGAGCAGAAUAGCAGUACUGAAGGCAAGGCAACAGAGGCGGGAUCAGAAGGAAAAUGUGAUGAAAAUGCAGAUGAUGAAAAGAGUUUUUUUUUUAAUGCCCCAGCAGUUGAGCAGAAUAGCAGUAAUGAAGGCAAGGCAACAGAGGCGGGAUCAGAAGGAAAAUGUGAUGAAAAUGCAGAUGAUGAAAAGAGCAUUUUUUUGAAUGCCCCAGCAGUUGAGCAGAAUAGCAGUACUGAAGGCAAGGCAACAGAGGCGGGAUCAGAAGGAAAAUGUGAUGAAAAUGCGGAUAAUAAAAAGAGCAUUUUUUUGAAUGCCCCAGCAGUUGAGCAGAAUAGCAGUACUGAAGGCAAGGCAACAGAGGCGGGAUCAGAAGGAAAAUGUGAUGAAAAUGCAGAUGAUGAAAAGAGCAUUUUUUUGAAUGCCCCAGCAGUUGAGCAGAAUAGCAGUACUGAAGGCAAGGCAACAGAGGCGGGAUCAGAAGGAAAAUGUGAUGAAAAUGCAGAUGAUGAAAAGAGUUUUUUUUUUAAUGCCCCAGCAGUUGAGCAGAAUAGCAGUAAUGAAGGCAAGGCAACAGAGGCGGGAUCAGAAGGAAAAUGUGAUGAAAAUGCAGAUGAUGAAAAGAGCAUUUUUUUGAAUGCCCCAGCAGUUGAGCAGAAUAGCAGUACUGAAGGCAAGGCAACAGAGGCGGGAUCAGAAGGAAAAUGUGAUGAAAAUGCGGAUAAUAAAAAGAGCAUUUUUUUGAAUGCCCCAGCAGUUGAGCAGAAUAGCAGUACUGAAGGCAAGGCAACAGAGGCGGGAUCAGAAGGAAAAUGUGAUCAAAAUGCAGAUGAUGAAAAGAGCAUUUUUUUGAAUGCCCCAGCAAUUGAGCAGAAUAGCAGUAAUGAAGGCAAGGCAACAGAGGCGGGAUCAGAAGGAAAAUGUGAUGAGGGAAACAACACUGACAGUAAGGAGGCAUUGCAAGUUCAACAAGCCUCCGGUUCCCUGAUGCAGAGUAAACCGUUUGAGUUGGCAUGGAAGCUGUUAUGCAAUUUAGUACAGUGUUGGAUUUCCAAUUUAUGCAAUAUGGAGUCAGACUGUUAAAUAAACAAGAGUUGAGUUGUCGUUUAUAGAGCCUUGAUGGCUAUUUUGUAAUUUAACUUUUA